AAAGUGUUACCGACCAGCUGCAGACACCCCGCAUUGAAUUCAUUCGGGACAACCAACUGUCAAAAGCUUUCAGCCUCCCUGGUUAUACGAACACUGCCAUUCAGACUCGGUAUCUUCGCGGUCUUGCGGGAUUUCCACAAUGGCAACCCAGAAUCAGGAUCGUCUCCGUACACUUUUCUCUUCUGCACCCGACUCGGAUCACAGCAACCGCUGGGACAACCUCUGGCGAGAGGCUACAUUUCUGCCAUGGGACCGGGGUCAUGCCAAUCCCGCACUGAUAGACGUCCUUAGCGAGCGAUCCCGUCCUAUCUCGUCUCCAGACCCAAAUCCAUCAUUAGGCGCACCCCCACCAAAUAGCGAGUCAGCAGGUUAUGUAUCUCUCCCCGGACCACUGAGGGAUGACGGGAAGAGGAGGAGGGUGUUAGUGCCGGGGUGCGGAAAAGGAUACGACGUGGCUUUGUUUGCGGCAUACGGUUACGAUGCUUACGGACUAGAGGUAUCCUCGCACGCGGCUGAAGCUGCUCGGAAAUAUCUAGCAGAUCCCGGAAAAGGACCCCUGGAAGGUGAAUAUGCGAUCAAGGAUGAAAAGAUAGGAAGAGGAGCGAUGAAGGUUGUCUGUGGUGACUUCUUUGACGAUGGUUGGCUCAAAGAUGUUGAUGGAUGGGAUGGAGAUGAGGGCUUCGAUAUUAUCUAUGACAAUACUUUCCUGUGUGCUCUCCCGCCCUCGCUCCGUCCCAAGUGGGCGUCGCGUAUGACUGAGCUUCUCCGCCAGUCAUCCUCAAACAACACAGGCACGGGGGGCGUCCUAAUUUGUCUUGAGUUCCCAACCCAUAAGCCUGUAAAUUCAGGUGGACCGCCAUGGUCGCUGCCACCCCUUGUACAUACAGAGCUUCUCAGACAGCCAGGUCGGGAUAUUUCGUAUGAUGAUCAGGGCGUGGUGACCAAGACAGACCGAGAAGACGCAGACAAUGCGCUAGUUAAAAUUGCGCAUUUUACUCCCAGACGGACACACGAGAUCGGCGUCAUUCAAGGUCUUGUAAGGGACUGCGUGAGUAUGUGGCGGCAUAAAGCAGAUUGUCCAGAGGAACAAAGGUGGCAUUGAACACAUCAGGUAUGCUGCUGAUG